CCCUUCCUUCCAUUACUCACAUAACUUCUCUCCCUCUCCUUCUUGUUUCCUUUGUUUCUUUCCCUUGACCGUACAACAAUGGCGAGAGGCUCUUCCCAAUCCCAACAAUCAACCUCCACCGCCUCCUCAACCGCCCGGCCCGGUCUGGCCGCUCCUCGUGGAUCCGCCGCCGCUACUGCCGGCAUGCGUCGCCGCAGGCUCGGUGGCGGUGGUAGCGUAUCCUCAGGCGGCGGAGGAUCCGCAGCUGGAUCAGGAUCGGGCAACAUGCUGAGAUUCUACACAGAUGAAGCUCCGGGGUUAAAGAUCUCACCGACAGUCGUUCUGAUCAUGAGCCUCUGUUUCAUCGGCUUCGUCACCGCUCUUCACGUCUUUGGAAAACUCUACCUCCACAAAUCCGGAUCCCAAGCUUAGAUCCGGAUCUUGAUCUGGUCGCUGGGUUUUUUGUUUUUAGUGUUUUUUCUUUGUUUUGUUUUGUUUCCCUUUUUAUCGUUCCGAUGAGAUCCGUGUAAAUCGCCAAAACGUUGAAUAAAAAACAUGUUUACUU